GCAAGUACAUAAAAUGGUUUACUAAUCUCAGUCAUUCCAAGUUGGACUCUUCCUUUCUCAGUUACUACUAACUUACUUUUUGGGUGCAACAACAAUAUAAAAGUGUGUGGGAGAGAGAGAAGAACCAUUACCAAGAAAACACAACACCACAAAUCCUUUUUCUUCUAUUUAUUUUUCCAAGUCUGUGUUAACCCAAAAAAAAAAAAGAUUACACUACAGUUCUUCUUUGGUGCAAACAAAAAGACCUGAAGAAAAAAAAAAGUAAAGAAUCUCUUGUAUCUUCUCUCCGGAUGAGGAUCCGUAAACGACAAGUGCCUCUUCCUCUUUCGUCUCUGUUACCUGUUCCUCUCUCAGAUCUCUACUCUAACCGGUCACCGACGGCCACCGCUAGUUACUUCUGCGGCCAAGACAGAGACGGGGUUCUUGCUUCUCUUCUUCAGCUUUCUCAACCACCCGCGCCGGUUUCAGAUGGUCAGCAAAGAGAUGUGAUUGACAAGAAGCAGGAGAAAGCUUUGGAUGAUGAUGGUGUAAAGAGUAGUACUGAUGCAUCCGGCAGCAAGAACGUCAACCCCACAGGAGAAUCUGACUCUUCAACACAAGUUGUCGAGAAGAAUGAAAAUGUUGUUACUUUGAGGAAGAGAAGAAGAGGCUUUAUAAGCUUCGAGGAACAAGAAGACGAGGAUGAUGAGGAAGAAGAAGAAGCUAGUGGAGGCGGUGGUGGUAGUAAAGGGAAGAAGAAAGCCAAGAAGAGCGGUGCGUUAGAGGAAGGAUCACGGUGCAGCCGCGUUAACGGUAGAGGAUGGAGAUGUUUUCAGCAAACUCUUUAUGGGUAUUCUCUUUGUGAGCAUCAUCUUGGUAAAGGAAGGGUAAGGAGCAUGAACAAGAGUGCUGGUGGUCGUGGCGGCCGAGAUAAGAAAAAGGCAGUGGUGGUGGAAGUGAAGAGCAAGAGAGUGAAGCUUGGAAUGGUGAAGGCGCGUUCCAUAAGUAGUUUGCUUGGACAAACCAGCACAAGUAGUGGUACUGUUGAGAGUGAGAUAAGUGCACCUGCUGAUCAGUUUGCUGCUUCUGAUAAGUAAGUCUGUCGAUCAGCGUUUACAGUUUUAUGUAUAUUUUUUUAUGUACAUGAUGAUGAUAAAGGACGUAUCUCUAUGUUUUGGGUGUGUGCACAUUGUGCGUCUAGAUUGAUCGAGGACGUGAUGGUUCUAUGCACUCUUUUUGGUUUUUUUUUUUCAAAAAAGAUUUAUGACAG